AUGAAACUUUUUACUGUUUACUUUCUUCAUAAUUUCGAUUCUUCUUUCCUUUCUCCAUUUCUUUCUUUCUUUCUUUCUUUCUUUCUUUCUUUCUUUCUUUACUAUUCUCGUUACUUCGAUAUACAGCGUGUUAAGCAGUGUAAUCAUGUCUGCCAUAGCAUCCAGCUGAUAUUUCUAUUUCUUGUUUUCUUUCUUACUUUCACUGUCUCGUUUUCUUUGUCUCUAAGCCUUUUUUCUCAUGCUCAUCUUUCCGAGUUGCUUGGAACCGCCAUACAUCUUUCUCAUGCCCUUCACGUUUUUUUUAUUUGCAUUGCAACCAUUCGUUUCUUUCUUUCUUUCUUUCUAUUUUUUUUCUUCGUUCUUUCUUUGUUUUUCUUGUUCUUUUUUCUUUGUUUUAUUUUUCAUGCCCGUUCUUCCUCUAUUUGUUUUUAUUUGCUCAUUAUUUCUUUAUUCAUUUUUUCUUGCUCGUCCUUCCCUCUUUCUUUCUUCUUGCUCGUUUAUCUUUUAUUCUUUUUCUCUUUCUUGAAUUUCAUUCCCUGUUGCUUUCUUUUUCCUGCUCGUUCUUUCUUUCUUUCUUUCUUUCUUUCUUUCAACAAUCGGGUAGACAGAGUUCACGUCUGCUUAUCUAUCUAUCUAUCUAUCUAUCUAUCUAUCUAUCUAUCUAUCUAUCUAUCUAUCUCAGCCUGUUCGUAUUUCUGUAUAUAUGUAUCUAUCUAUGUUUAA